AUGGGAGCUGGUAGCUCCGGAAGUGUAUCUCCCUGGUGGCUUAAGUUCGUGCUGGGUGGUAGUACAGCCAUAAUUGCACUUUGCGUCCUGGUGUGCGUUAUUGUGUACUGUCGCAAGAAGAAACCGCUGCCAGAAGAUGUAACCUACGCAAACUUGACCAAAGAUCAAAAGAACUACGCGACCCUACCGAUGCCAGCACCGAGGACCCUGCAGAAUGUCAAACCGAAGGUGACAGUUGAGGGCACCUACAGUGAGCCAAAGGACUCCCAAGACAUGAGCGAAGCCCUAUACGCCGACCCGAACCGUUUCAAGGGUUCCGAGACUUACGCCGAACCGUACGUUAAGUCCGGCUCCAAACCGUGUACUUACGCCGAACCGAACAAGGCAGAUUAUGCGGAACCUUACAUGCCUAAGGAAGGGAAUUAUGCUGCAAUUGGAAGUCAAUCAGAAGGAGGUUAUGCUGCAAUCGGUAACUCUGAAGGAGGUUAUGCUACAAUUGGUGUAAAUAAUAAUGAGAAUAAUGAAUUGUACGCAAAACCUAUUCCUAAGUCUCAGAGACCAUUUAAGGCGACAGAUGAGUCGGAUUAUUCAAACGUUUUGAAGGAUUUGUACGCGAUUGUGAAGAAAAAGUGA